AUGGGAAACUCGCAGUCGACCUCCAAGAAUGACAGACGUCGCUCUAACCGCCUGACGAAGCCUUUGACCACAGCCCCCGGUCGUUCAGAACAGGAACCGGCGCUUGCCUCCGGUUUGAUUGGAUGGCAAAAUCCAUGGGUGGGAGCUAGUGCCGCAAAGAACAUCAGGCCAAGGCCAAGGAAGAUCCCUUCCACCGUUUUUGAAUCAGAUGCGGAGCCUCAGCAACAGGAAUCAGAGCAAAAUUUCCCUGGUCCUCUCUCAUCCCAUGCGAUCUCUCCUGCCACUUCUGGCCCACCCAGCAGACGGUCAUAUCAGACGGCGUCUGUAAAGGGCUCUGAUCGAUCAUCGGUGCCUCCUGAGCAUCCAAGGAGGGCAAAUUCAGUCCAGACCCCUCUCCAACGACAGCGAAGUGUAAUCAACAAUGAUGUAAGAGAAGACGCGGCGUCCUCGAAUACUCUCUUCUUGGUGGGCAAUCAACGCUUCUCGCUCACCCGGAGACGUUCCUUACUGACACGACCCGGAACCGCAACUCGACAAAGCACUGGGGCUGUUCUACGCUUCUCCCCGACGAUUGGAGAGCCUGCAAUCGAUGAAGUAGAUGCAGACUUUCUCCGAUGGCCUCUUCCACCUCGUCGGAGGCCUUCAUUGGUUGCUUCUCCCCGGAACGCCCGACAAGCCCUGUUGAUCCGCGUUAACGGUUGUGCUUCUCCGUGCCCAAGUGAUCGUGUGCCCCUGGAGAGUCGAUCUGUCGAGGUUGUGCCCCAACCCUCUCUCGAGAUUCCCAGUGUUAUCGAUAUCAAGAAGUCGGAGGACCUUCCGGGAAGCCCAUUUUCAUUUGAGAAAUCCCCGAUCAUUACGGUGCAUCCUCGAGCCAAAUCUCUGUUUCCUAGAGAAAUGGAAGAUGAAGGGAUCGCCAUGUAUACCGACAUACAACUGGACAAGGAUACUAUGGAUGUUAGUUCGGACAGAAGCACAUCUCGUUCCCUCGGAAAGACGGAUAGUGGCUACAGUUCCGCCAACUCGUUUCAUUCAAUCCAGAGAAGCCAGACCAGGCUCUCGCUUGACUCUCAAGCGUCUGGCUCUGGCAGUAUGCUUGGGCCCGACGACCGGACCCAGCACUACGCUAGUUUGCAUGGAGAAAAGUCCGAAAACUUCUCGUGGCCCCGACUGGCUUCGACUCGUUGGGAUGACUCAAGCAGUGCGACUCCUCAGCCGGGCAGCCGUAAUCGUCGGUCAACUCUGUGCGCCCCUCUAUAUACUGAAUAUUCUGAAUCCGAUGGCUCGGUGCCUCCUCGGCUAUCGUUCCAGGGAGAUCGCAUUGUCUCUGAGACCUCGAGGCUCUCAACUAGCACCGACAUUCUACCUAUCUAUGAACAAGUAAAUGCACUGCAUCGAUCGACUUCUGGUAGCAGUGAGACUGGGAUCUGUCGCUCUCGCUCUCGCUCUCGCUCUCGCAGUCGGGCAGGCAGUCGGCCGUGGCCGCCCUCGAAACUGCAGCCAGGAUCACCGUCGGUGCAGGUUGGCGAAACCAUAUAUCUCACGCGAUCUCUCCUUGAUGGAAUCUCCUCCCCCAUAACGAUGACUUCUAACGUUUGA